AGAGACGCGUGCUUUCCUUCUCACUAUCCAAGGUCGCUCGCCGGGUGGAAGAGACAGAUAUCGGGCGAGCAGAAGCAGACCUCGUGUGCCACGGUGUCUUGCAUGUCUCAGUGAGCCAGGGAUCAAGGUUAAAAGAAAAUGGAUCAGGCAAGGUCAACGAUUUCUAAAAUAUUUAAUGGAGAGCCUCACUCCUACACACGCUUCAACCUGACUCAGAACAUGGAGGGCGAUAACAGUCAAGUGGAGAUGAAGCUAUCCUCUGACAUGGAUGAGGAGGUGGGGGGCAACGGCACUGCAGAGCACCUCAAUCACAACUCCCGAAGCAAGCCCUACGUGACCCAGAGGAACGGGCGCACACCCAGGAACCUCUGCUUCAUGGUUGUUGCUAUUCUCCUCAUUUUUAUCAUUGGGUAUCUAAUUGGCUUCUUGGUUCAUCGUAAGAAGGACAUGGCUCCUGCCUGCACUAACACCUUUAGCCCAAAAAAAGACCCUGUUGUUAUGGAACGAGGAGCUGCUCCUGUCAUGAACUGGGAUAGUGUUAAGAAGCUGUAUGCUGAAAAGCUCAAGAUGUCAAACUUUGAUUCUACCUUCAACACGUUUGCAAGUAGCAGCCAUCGGGCAGGUACUCCAGGUGAUGAUGAUCUUGGUAACAAAGUUAUCAGAAGAUUCAAAGAAUACGGGAUGGCCACGUGGACUGAUGAGCAUUUUGUCAAAGUCCAGGAUCUUUCAGGAACAAACAAAGUGACUUUCAAUGGUGAAAGUGUAGAUUUGAAAGGAUUCCUCUCUUACAGUGCUCCUGGGACAGCAACGGGUGCUGUCUUGUACGCCCAUUAUGGGAGAGAAGGUGACUUCAGCAUGCUCCGUUACCAAAACAUCCCCAUGUCUGGCCGUGUCGUGUUAGUUAGAGCUGGUUUGAUUAGUUUUGCUGAAAAGGUAGCCAACGCUGCCAAAGUGAAUGCUACUGCUGUUCUGAUCUACGCAGACCAGUCUGAUUACAGUUUUCUGGGCUCCGCUGAGAUUUUUGGCCAUGUUCACUUGGGCUCUGGUGAUCCCUACACCCCAGGCUUCCCCUCAUUUAAUCACACACAGUUCCCACCCAUUGAAUCCUCUGGACUGCCGAAAAUUCUGGCACAGACUAUUACUCCUGAAUUGGCUACGAAAAUUUUAAAGCAACUGCAGGGUCCGAAAAUUCCAACACAAUGGGGGUUCAUGGGAAGUGGCAAGCUGGGAGGGGAGUCUGAUUUAAUCACAGUGGAAGUCAACAAUAUGUUAACUGAGAAAAAAAUCACAAACGUUUUCGGAGUGAUCAAAGGCUUUGUUGAUGCAGACCGCUAUGUUGUAAUUGGUGCUCAACGAGAUGCCUGGGGUCCAGGUUUUGCCAAAGCAACUGUUGGCACCAGUGUUCUUCUUGAAAUGGCUCGCGCAAUCUCGGAAAUGCAAAACAGUGGAUUUAAACCCAGAAGAAGUAUUGUUUUUGCCAGUUGGAGUGCUGGGGAAUAUGGGAACGUUGGUGCUACAGAGUGGCUAGAGGGUUAUCUGUCCUCCCUCAAUAUGAAAGCCUUCACAUAUGUGGACCUCAAUGGAGUUGUUACAGGUCAAAGUGGACUUAAGAUUUCUGCUAGUCCCUUGCUGUACACGUUGAUCCUGAGUGCCCUGAAAGAGGUGAAUGCACCAACAAGAGGCGCGCCAUCCCUUUUAGCACAGUAUGGGAGAGACAAUUUAGACUCUUUAUUGGAGGCAAUGAAUAUGGACAGUGCUGCAUAUCCUUUUCUUGCUUUUUCAGGGAUCCCAGCUAUGUCAUUUAGAUUCACCUCAGAAUAUAUGAACUAUCCAUAUUUCGGCACGGAGUUAGACACUCAGCAAAAACUCCAGGCCACAACCUCCGGCCAGGUGACCCAGUUUGCUGAAGUAGCUGCUCGCUUCGCAGGUCAUAUCACUUUGAGGCUGGUACAUGAUCAUCUCCUACAGCUCGACCUUCAGAAAUACACUCGCAUUAUCCGCUACAAUGUUUUCAAAAUCAAUGGGAAAGUGGCUGAGGUUCAAAAGUUGCGGCCCCAGGUUCUGCCUAAAGCUCUCACGAUGCAGUGGCUCAUGUCUGCAUCUGGCUCCUACAGCCGAGCCUCAGCCAACCUGGCAACCGACAUCCAGAAGAGUGACCUGGAGGACGUGGAAAUGUGCCGUAUGAUCAACGACCGCAUCAUGGCUGUGGAGAGAAACCUGCUGUCACCCUAUGUGUCUCCCAGAGAUAACCCUUUCCGUCACAUUCUCAUGGGCUCGGGUCCUCAAACACUGGGUGCGCUCAUAGACCAUUUAGACGCCAUCAAAAAUGACCGUCCUGAAGCGGAUGCAGACGUUUUCCGCAACCAGUUUGCCCUGGCCACCUGGACCAUUCAGGGCUGUGCAAACUCCAUUGCAGGAGACAUUUGGGCUUUGGAUAACGAAAUUUAAAUCCCUAUAGCUAAUUUGGCUUUUAUUUUCAAACAGGUGGCAAUUUCACACAAAAAACAGUGAAGUGUUACUGCAAGCAUGAUUAAAUUAUGAAUUACAGUUUCUGCCACCUGGAUAUGUAGAUGUCCACAUAAGUCUUUAACAAUUGAAACAUCUGUUACUGGAUGACUGACAACCUCCAAGUUGUAAAGCAAUCUAUUUUAGUUUGCUUUAUAAAUUAGAAUUACACUAAAUACUUGAAUUUCUUUUACCUACCCGUGUUCAUGUACAAGUUGUAAACAUUGCCAGCUUAGAUCACUCACUCAAGAAAAGUGACUCAUAUCAUCUAUGCAUGUUUAGAACAAAAAUCAAAAAGAACUAAUUCCUCUGCUGCUGGAGCCUCAUGUUCAAACAAUGGUAGGUUGAAAUGGCAGCUUUAACUUUAUACGAUGUCAUAAAAUUACUCCUUUUCAUUACUCUGAUGAUUUUUAGAACAUUUUUAUAAUCCAUCUAUUGAAUAUCAUUGGCUUUCAAAAUGGCACUGAAACUAAAAUAUUCCUAUUUAUAUUUUGAUAUUUAUUUAUCAGUGGCAGGGUUCACUAUAAAUAUUUGUAUUGCCUUUUAUAAAUCUAUAUAUAUAGUAAUUAUCGGGAGCAGUGCCUUCCAUAAUUAUGACAGUUAUACUGUCGAAACAACAAAAGCAGCAUCUGCUAAUCCUGAGUGUUCAUGACCAAUCCCUGUAAUGUUAUCGUCCGGUUGGUCUCCGCAUCACUGCAUCUUGAACACUUCACUGACCGCAUUAUCGGGAGCAGCGUCUCCCAUAAUGAUCAAAGAAGGUAGUUUUUGCCUACCAGUGUGUUUUUAUAUCGGAGGCAGUGCCCUCCAUAUUUCACUGUAGGGGUGGAUUGUUUUUUUUAUUAUCGGGAACAGUGUUUCUCAUAAUUUGUAUAUAAUGAUUGUACUUGAUGCUUAUGUCUACUGUAGAGACCACAGACCUCUUGCUAUAAAUGCUGCAUGUAAUAGAGAAGGUUACAAACAGCUCUUGUUCAAGCUUGUCUUGUUCAGUUAUAGGUUUCUAAGGUGGUCACUCACCUGUUGUGUUUCUUUGGAUUUAUUAUUAAUAUAAGUCAUACUUGUUACCAGUUUAGCGCUGAUGUGGUCACAGGGAUGUGGUCUUCUGUUAUCUUGAAAAUCUUUUUUUUUUUCAUUUAUUUUGAGUGCAAGUUUUUUCUUACUUUGGACUGGUGCCUUGGUCUUUAAUAGCGAUUGACCGAUAUGUUUUUUUUCAUGGCUGAUUCCGAUACAGAUUGUUUAGAAUCCAGAGAAAUCUGUCCAAUAAGCCCUCCUGAUAUUUGUUCGCUCAUAUAUAUGGCAGAUUUUUUAUUAUUUUGUGUCAAAUUAUGUCAUUUAAAUUGACUACAAAUUCACCAUAGCCCCUUUUUACCACAAACAUAUUAGAGAAUUGUGUAAAGCUUGAUGUGUAUUCUUUAGGCAGCUUAUCAGCGAAAACAGAAACUGCAUCUGUUGGAGAUUUAAAGCCAAUAGCCAGUACACUAAAAGGUGCAGAUAUCGACCAGCCAGUAUCGGUCUGUCUCUCUUUAACAGAGACAUUUUCUUUUGUUAUGCUCUUAUCUUUCAUUUAUUAAACUAGUUAUUGACUAAAACUUGGAUACACUUAACUGAGAAAUCCAAUCAAACUAAAAUACAAAUCUGGACUUUAAUGUUACAAUGUAUUUACAAAGCUCUGCACAGUGUGGCAGUAUGGAAAAGAAUUUUGUUCAAUUGCAUUUGACCUCAAACUGUACGUACACAGGUUUGUUUUGCUCUGAUGCAAUAAAUUACUUAACAACACAAA